GUAGCUUGACACUGGCUUCAGCGGAGGAGGAGAGAGGCGCUCCGGCGGAGGACCAGGGAGGAGAGAGCGUGGUGUUGAGGAACCCCGGCAGCCCCCUCCCCUCCCGGCCCUGGAGAGCGAGGGUUGGACCCGGCUGGACCCCCACCCCGGCCCCCGGAGGAGGACCCGAGAGAGAACCACGUUGCCACGGGAGAGGCCUCAGUUCAGGGCUGCAGUAUGUUUGUGUCGGUGAAGGCCUUCGAGGGGCAGCAGUACUCCACCCUGAAGAGGCAGUGCCUGCAGAGCGGCCUGCUUUUUGAGGACCCCCGUUUCCCUGCCAUCGAUGACUCGCUCUUUUACCAGGGCAACAGGAUCGGACGUGUGGUGUGGAAGAGGCCGCGGGAGCUUUGUGAGGACCCUCAUCUGUUUGUAGACGGCAUCAGUGCGCACGACUUGCACCAGGGGCAGCUGGGUAAUUGCUGGUUUGUGGCAGCUUGCUCCAGUCUGGCCUCCAGAGAGUCUCUUUGGCAAAAAGUCAUUCCCGACUGGAAAGAGCAGGAAUGGGAUACCGAGAAGCCCGACUCGUACGCCGGCAUCUUCCACUUCCGCUUCUGGCGCUUUGGCGAGUGGGUGGACGUGGUGAUCGACGACCGGCUACCGACGGUGGACAACCAGCUGGUGUACUGCCACUCCAACGACAGCAACGAGUUCUGGAGCGCUCUUGUGGAGAAGGCUUAUGCCAAGGUCUAUGGUUGCUACGAGGCGUUGGAUGGUGGAAACACGGCCGACGCCCUGGUGGACUUCACAGGGGGCGUUUCGGAGCCCGUGGACCUGCUGGAGGGUCAGAUGGCAAUCGACGAGGUGGCCCGCAACCAGUUGUUUGAAAGAGUCCUCAAAGUCCACAACCGUGAUGGCCUUAUCAGCUGCUCCAUUAGGGCAACAACCAUAGAGGACAUGGAGGCGCGGCUGGACUGCGGCUUGGUCAAAGGCCACGCCUAUGCCGUGACGGAUGUUCGGAAGGUGCGGCUUGGCCAUGGACUGCUGGCAUUUUUCAAGUCGGAAAAGCUGCACAUGAUCCGCAUGAGGAACCCCUGGGGGGAGAAGGAGUGGAGUGGCCCAUGGAGUGACAGUUCAGAGGAGUGGAACAAGGUGAGCAAGAGCGAGAGAGAAAAGCUUGGCGUCACCGUGCAGGACGACGGCGAGUUCUGGAUGACGUUCGACGACUUCUGCCAGUACUUCACUGACCUGAUCCUGUGCCGUCUCAUCAACACCUCCUACCUGAGCAUCCACAAGACCUGGGAGGAGGAGGUGAUGAGGGGCUCCUGGGUCCACCGCCAGGACCCACUGCGCAACCGGUCAGGGGGCUGCAUCAAUCACAAGGCCACCUUCCUGCAGAACCCUCAGUACGUGUUUGACUUGAAGAAGGCGGAGGACGAGGUGCUGAUCUGCUUGCAGCAGAAAGAGAAGAGAGCCACGCCCAAAGAAGGCAAAGGGGAAAAUCUUGCCAUAGGCUUCGAUAUUCACCGGGUGGAGCUAAACAGGAAGUAUCGUAUGCACUCGGCCCAGCAGAAAGUGGCGGGCUCCAUCUAUAUCAACUCACGCUGCGUCUUCCUGAGGAAGGAGCUGAAGGAGGGUCGCUACGUCAUCAUCCCCACCACCUUUGACCCCAGGCAGCAGGGCGACUUCCUGCUUCGUGUCUUCACUGAUGUGCCUUCAGACUGCAAAGAGCUGAUCCUGGACGAGCCUCCUCAGACGUGCUGGACGGGAAUGUGUGGCUACCCUCAGCUGGUCACUCAGGUCCAUGUUCUGAACGCUGAGGGUCUGCAGGGACAGGAGUCCAAUGGAGGUAGCCCCCCACAUGCAAGCCUCACGGGCUCACAAGCACAUCCUUCCUCACGGAGGAGCCGAUGGUCACUCAUAGUGUCAGCGUCUGUUUCCACAGCGGUCAACCCCUACGUGAUCAUCACCUGUGAGGGCGAGAGGGUUCGCUCGCCGGUCCACAAGGACACGCGAUCCCCCAACUUUGACAUCAAGGGUCUGUUCUACCGCAAGAAGCCCAAAGAAGGCGUCCACAUCGAGAUCUACAACAAGAACAUGAUCGUGGACACCUUCCUGGGCCAGGUGGUCAUGUUCAGCGACCCCAACGAGCGGCAGGAGCAGCACACGCUCCACCUGCGCGACAAGGGCAGCCGCCAGGACAACGACCUCCCGGGCACGCUCACUGUGCGCCUCAUCACCUCCACCACGCUCACCAACAUCUGAUGCCGUGGAACGUUCACGUACACGCCGGUUGGCUUCUUCUGAUUUCCUUUAAAUUGACUUUUUUAAUGGCCUUCUACAUCAAUAUCUUUAUUCAGUGUCGCUGCUGCAGGUGUUAUUAUUAAAGUUGCGUACAGCAACUCGAAAAAGGCCAAAACAGAACAGCUUUUUCUUUCCUUUUUUUUAGGGUGCGUUCACACGCGUCGGUUUUGGUUCGGUUAAAGUGGUCUCUGGUGCGUUCGCUCUGCUGGGACGCUUCGUUCAGUCGAGGGUGAACUUCGUCAUCGGAGCUAUGGUGUGCAUUAGGUGCAAGCGCUCUUUAAAAGUAUAUUUUAGGAGCUUUUUGUCAAAUCUCAUCUAGUAAAUACAGCAGAAUCUAAGAAUUACUUUUGGCUCGGACCAGAGCACCGAACCACAAGUGUGAACGCAGCCUCAGAAAAAAAGAUAUUUCUUGCGCACAUUGGUGUGGUUCACUUAGCUUUCAUACUAGUAUUUUUGUAUGUACCCAAAGGCUGAAAGUAAGGUCUUAAUUGGACAGAUUUCCCGAUAUAUUACCUGACCUAACGCAAAUAUUACAAACCCAAAUGCCUUCUGCAGGUUGUUUUUUAUUGUGCUACAUUUACCAGUGUAGAUUUCACCAAAAGCUUCUAAAAUGUACUUGUAAAGCGCACCUUUGUCACACACACACAGGGAGAGGCAACACUUCCAACGUAUUUUCUCUUACAUAACAAUAAUCCAUUGAUUUAAAAGAGCUUUUCAAGAAACUCAGACACUUCACAAUAAAGCAAUAAAAUACAAAAAAUAUACAAUGAAGCAAUGAAGACGGAAAAUCAAUCAGUGGAGUACAAACAACUAAACGUAUCAUAAAAUGGAAGUAUUAAACAUUAAAAGCCAGUUUAAAGAGGUUUUGGAGUGAGUCUUGAAAGUAGAUCGGUGUAGUUAGGGGCGUGUGCGGGGAGGGAGCUCCAGGGGGAGGGGGCAGCGAAGCUAAAAGGCUCUGCCGGUGCUUGGCCAUUGAGGGUGGUGACUUGAGGUUGGCGUCAGGGGAGCAGAGGGGACGGGUUGGGGAGUGGAGAUGGAGAUGUCAUACACACACAUACAGUAUACAGUAUUUGUCAUUUCUGCGUGCUUUUAGCCAGGAGUGCAACCCGGGGACCUUUUACAUUCUUACAACACAAUUAAACAAGAAAACUGAAAAAACAAACAAAAAAAACAGUAAAAAUGGAAAAAAAGAGUAGUAAUUUUACGAGAAUAAAGACUAAAUAUCAGGAGAAUAAUGUCAUAAUAUUCAGAGAAAAAAUAAAGUUAAAUAUUAAAGAUUUAAAAAAAAGAUUUUUUAAAACCGUUGUGCUAUUAUGAGAAGCAGAGAACGCAUAAGAAUAAAGCUGCAAUUUGAGGAGAAUUAUGUUGGGUAAAAGUUAGGAUAUUACAAUAAUAAAGCCCAUGAUGAGAAUAAAGGAAUAAUAUUACAAGAAAAAAUGUAUGAGAAGAAAGCAGAAAGGAAAAUCAAGCAAAAAGGAAAAAGUUCAUACUAAUGCUCGGUCACCGAUAACACGAAGCUGAGCUGGAGGCUGUUUUUUCUUGAAAUAUAAAAAAAACCUCUCUGCAAAUCUACAUGGGUUCCUUUGAAAAAAAUGUAAAAGUGGCCCCCACAUCCUUUCAUUUUUCAGUAUGUGGGCCUCGGUGCAAAAAGGUUGGACACCCCUGCCUUUUGCUGCCAUUUUACCACCGGUCCGUGUCUUUGGUCACAUUUGUUCACAUUUAAACCUCAAGUGAACCGAACCGCACCAGAGUUCACUUGCAAAUGGACUCCGGGAAUUCCAAUUCAAGGAACGCUGGUGCUUUUGCUCUGCUCGUGCGGUUCAUUCAAACAAACAGGCCGAGACCAAUCUCUCAUUUGCAACGCCUACAGACACGUACUUGUACUGCUCUGCUCUCUCCCUCUGUGUGUGUGACAAAGGUGCUCUUUACAAGCACAUUUUAGAAGCUUUCGGUGAAAUCUAAGCUGGUGAAUGCAGGAGAAUAUGAAAAUAACCUGCAGACGGCAUUUUGGUGAUGAAUAUUUGAGUUAGGUCACGUAAUAUGUCAGGAGAGCUGUCCAAUCAACUUCUUACUUUAUGCAUAUGUUCUUUACUGCCUUUGGUCACAUGACAAAAACACCAGCGUGAAUGCUGUCCGCACCAAAUGCACACCGAGUAUGUCUUUUAUUUUUGGUCCGGGCCAGAGUACCGAAUCACAUGACAUGCACAUGUGAUGCAUGUGCAGACUUUUUUGCACUCCCAUGCAUGUGCCAACGUUACCAAGGGCUAUGCAUUGCCUUAAGGCUGCGUCUGUCUUGCGCGAAGGUCGUUGUCCAUCGGUUGUCCUUCGCCAUGUCUGUUUGGAUUGACGCUUCCCGCCAUCUCGGUCCUUCUUGGUCUACUGACAAAGCAUUCUCUGUCCGUCCUGAGCGAGCAUGUGCCAUCAUGUCAAGCUUCUUCUCGUGGACGCAAGCCAACGUGUCAAAACCUCGCCUUCCUUCCGUCUUCCGUCACUGGGACCUAGCAAUCCCUCCCCCCCGCCCAGGAUGCUUCUCCACCGGUUGCUAUGGACGACAUCCGACAACCGCAUGGCUUCAAAAGACGUUUUGCCCGUGUCGUAGCUUAGCAGCCGGUGUUUGUCGUCCCCCCCUCAACAUCACCCUAAACAAGUGCUUUACGGGACCAAAGACCAGCCAGCCAAGCCCGCUUUUUUGUGUCCUUUCAGACUGGCCGUCCCCAGCCUAAUGACAGAGCGCCGCCCCCCUCUCCCCGUGCCACAUCAUCUUCUUAAUUGCAACACCACUGCCUGACACUCAAGUCUCUGGAACCCCCUGAGACGCAGCAGCCGUGCUUCUGCUGUUAGCACAUAGCAGGCCCGAGCAUUUGUGUUCGUGUGUACUUCUUCUUCUCUGUUCGGGCGAAUGUCUGUUUAUCAUCAUUGUAACUCGAAAUGAUGUGGGAGGGAAAGGUGUACAACAUGCAGGCAGAGCGCCCUUUAUUGGCAACGCACACCUUGCACUUUAUUUUGUUUUAUUUCUUUAGUGGCAGCCUUCCCAAACCUUCCCCAACAAGCAGUGCCAUCUUUGAUCCACGUUUGAGUCUUUUUUGCCGCUUUUCUUCAGCGCACCCUAGCAUGAUGUUGCUGUUAAAGUGUAAUGUUAGCACUUUAGCAUCACAUGGCAAUGCUAAUGUUUGUGUCCUCCUGUGCCACUCCUUAAUGCUAUGUUGUUGUAUGUGGCAUCUGGCAUGUAUUACAUUCAAUAGAGUUACAGCGUAUAUGGACAAACAAAGCUCGUUAGCAUUAAAGCUACAGGCACACAAAAGGGUGUGUUCCUGGUAGGGCUUACUAAAAGCACUUUUAAACUGUGUAAAUUCCAGCAUCAAUGCUAACACACUUCCAAUACACUAUUGUGGCACCUUUGAGACGUACAUGAUUACAAAUACGAUAAUACGGGACCUUUAACAAUCAUUGAAUGAUUUACUUUACAUGGGAGAUGGGAGAAUCUCCUGAACUUGUGUUUUAAUGUGGUAUUUAACAGAGUAAUGGUGUCCUGGGGAGUUGUGCCAUAGUGGAGGUCUUUUUAGAUGUUCAGUCAUCAUGUUCUUCUAUAUAUUCUUUCUACAAUCAGAAGAGAAUGAAACAACAGCACCUCUGCUGGUUGCAGCCCAGUAGUGCACUCCAGCACUCCAUUCUGCCCCAAUUGCCUCAAGAUAUGACUAAUCACGGAGGAGUUCAAGGUUGGAGCGUGAGGUCGACAGGUGGAUCAGCGCAAAGUCUGCAGUAAUGCGGUCGCUGUACCAGACCGUCGUGGUGAAGAGAGAGCUGAGCCGGAAGGCAAAGCUCUCAAUUUACCGGUCGAUCUACGUUCCCACCCUCACCUAUGGUCAUGAGCUUUGGGUCGUGACCAAAAGAACGAGAUUGCGGAUACAAGCGGCUGAAAUGAGUUUCCUACGUAGGGUAGAUGGACUCACCCUAAGAGAUAGGGUGAGGAGCUCGGUCAUCCUGGAGGAGCUCAGAGUAGAGCCGCUGCGCCUUCACAUCGAGAGGAGCCAGUUGAGGUGGCUCGGGCAUCUAGCCAGGAUGCCUCCCAGACGCCUCCCUGGUGAGGUGUUCCGGGCAUGCACGGCUGGGAGGAGGCCCCGGGGCAGACCGAGGACACGCUGGAGGGAUUAUGUCUCACAGCAACCCCUUGGUCACCUCCUGGUGGAACUGGAAGAGGUGGCUGGGGACUGGGAAGUCUGGACUUUGCUACUGAGACUGCUUCCUCCGUGACCCUGAUCCGGAUAAAUGUAAGAAAAUGUAUGGAUGAAUGGAUACGACUAAUCAAUAAUCAAUUAAUCGAGCGAUAAAUUAAUCGAUUAUGCUCCUUCCUACUAUUUUUGGCUACAAGAGUCCAAGUAGAAAAUCCUAUCAACUGUGCAAAACUGCAAUUAAAAAUGCAAUCAUUCUUCUUCUGUUUUUCAUACUAUCAAUACUUUCUUUUUUUUUUUUUUACUUUGAAUGUAACUUCACUUUAUUUCCUCACUGCUGUUACGUGAAGAGUCACACGCGGCGUUUACGGUAUGCCAGCACAUACAACAUCUUUAAAAAAAAAAAAAAAAAGAGUUUCGCAUGACUUCAUUUUGCUUCACUAUGUAUGUAUAUAUGGCUUUGUACUCUAGUGUUUUUAAUGCUUUCAUGCUUUUGUCCUUCCUCUGCGCUAACGCAAGUUGUUAGCAUCCAACGUGUCCGCCGCGCCUCACGUGACCAUAUCAGCGUGAACAAACACAAGCCACCCGUAGUUCUUCUACGUAGUUUUUCUUUUUUCCCGUUUUUUUUGUUGUUGUCGUGUUCACAGGAAUCAUUGGUGCCAACAGUUUGCGAAAGAAUGCAUGUUAAGCUUUUUAUUUGAGUGCGACGCUAAGUUCAGUGGAGCCUCCCACAGCCGACAUUACAGGGCGACACAUUAUUGCUUCAGAUUCUUGGUGCCAAAAAGCAGCAUGAUCACGCAUCAUGUAUGUGCAGACAUACAGCCCACCAAAUAAACACCAUACUACCAAUAAUAAUAAUCAUAUUCAUAGAGAAUAUUCAAGGCGGCAGAGUGACUUUUUCUUUUUGGUGCCAUGUUAACAUGUAGAUUAUUUGCUUUAUUCACCUCAGACUGAUGCAUGUGCCAUUUUUCUAUACUUUAAAGUUACAAUAACGCGACCGAAAUGUUCCUUUUACUUUGUUUACUGACCUCAGGUGUUUGUUUUAGGGGUUUUUUUGUACAUUUUUGUGUACGUUUUUAUUCAUUUGUGCAGGUGUCAUACACAAACGUUAAGACAAUAAUAAUACGUUAAUACGGAGCUUUGAUGUGAAAGGAUGCCGUACGAUGAGAAUUUUUUUCCAAAAAAUCAUCUGAUGGGAGUAAGCAUGUCAUUGUUUUCUGAUUUUAAUAUUUAACAUUACAGCUUCAUCAUCACAGAAUGACUUCUACUCGUGAGAUUGCGACUUUAGUUGUGUAAUCACUUCAAUGGUCGUAAAAUGACAAUUUUUUUGUAAUAAUGUGACUUUAUUCACACGCAAUUACAAAUUACAAACAAAUCACUUUAAUUUUGUAAUAAUGGAACUUUUUUUCCCACUGAAAACUAUGACUAUGACACCCCCCCCCCCCCCUUUUUUUUUGUCUUCCUUCUCAUAAUGUGAAAAAAGCACUUUUCUCAUAAAAUGACCUUUUCUCAGAAAACUCCGACUUUAUUUUGGUAACUUUUCACGCGAACUUGCGACUUCUCAUAAAUUCCCAGCUUUCUUCUCCCGUUAUUACGACGUUAUUCUCGCAAAAUUCCCACUUGUUCUCGUAAGAUUCCAGCUCUGUUCGCCUAAUAUUUGCUAUUAUCGUGAAACUACGACUUUAUUUUUGUAAUAAGACUUUUUUUUCUUUUUUCUGCAAGAUGCACAACUUUCUCACGAAACUACGACAUGACCGGUAUUCUGUAAAAUUACAACUUUUCUCAUAAAAUUCCCACUUUAUUUUCAUAAUAAUGCAACUUUUUAAAAUUCCUUUACUCAUAUCAUUUAAAGAUGCUGAACUGGAACAUUUUCUCAUAAAAUUCGGCCUUUCUUGGCACGUUAUUAAGAUGCUAUUUCUCUUUUCUCUCCAAAUUAUGACUAUUUACAUAUACUAUAUACAUUACGAUGUACUAUAUAAAUUAAUAGUUUUUUACUUUAUUAUGGUGUUUGUCUAAUAAUCUAUUUGUUUAAAUCGGGAACCAUUUUCAUGCUAAAUGACAAGCUAAUUGAAAUAUUAUCAUUACUUUUUUUUUAUAACAGCGUGCUCCUAAUACUCCUUCGUAGAUGUUUACGAUAUUUUAACGCUGAAAAAGUGUUUAUCCCAAUCCUGCAAAGGUACAAUCUUAUUGAUGGCUGGUACGUUGUGAAGAGCACUUUGGUCCUUUUUAUUGUUUUUAAGUUAUGGACUACAUUUUUUAAAAUGUUUUUGGUUUUCCUGUCCCUGCUUUGUGAGGUCUUUUUUUGGCAUGGUGCGUCUUGGGGCUUUCACUGUAAUGUGGAAACACUGCAACCACUGUCUGGACCUUUUACUGUUUACUGUGUUUUUUUGCGCAUUAAAAUGGUUUGUUUUGUUUUGUACGAGUCCAAAAAAACAAGCCAGUACAUGUAGCAAGACGGCUUCUGAUCCACCGCUAAGAAUUGCAGGAAAAAAAAGCACACAUUUUUGCGUUGUGAAAAGCUAUCGCUACUUUGAUAAACAUGUAAACGGUGCCGCACUCUUGCAUGCAUCCAGACAAUAUUUGUAAGUAGUUUUUCUAUUUCGUACAUGUGUAAAAGUAGCAGCGAUGAUGGGAUAUUAUCCAUGCUUUUGAUGGAUGCUACGCAGGCUGGCGCUGACGUUGCUCACUUCCUCUGGUGGUCAUUCAUAGGAACGGCAAUGCUAUUAGCUUAGCGUGCUGGGCAAAGUGAUUUUUUUGUUUUGUGGCUUUGAUCCCCCCGCUCCCUUGUUACUUACAAAAAGGUGCAACUGAGGUGUGCCGGGCCGUGUUGCAUCCUGCUGCAUGAAAAUGACGUUUCAAAGACAGCAUGGUGGAGGCUUUUUCCCCCUCAGCGGGUCACCUGGAAGCUUCUAUUCUCACUGGAAAUGAGCUUGCGAUUCUUCUUGUACUUUUCUGCUGAUGUUUGUCUACUGGGAGGCUGGAGUACCUGCAUGGACACACUUCUAGAAGACACUGCUGUCUUUUAUCAGUAUUUUAUAACCUUCUUCAUUUUAUAUAUCUAUAUACAGUACAUAUAUAUGAAUAUAAAUAUAUAUAUAUAUAUAUAUAUAUGUAUAUAUAUAUAUAUAUAUAUAAUAUAAAUAUACUCACUUUACCUUACGUUCCAAGCCGGUAUGAUUAGCUAGCUAGCUUUUGGAGUAUGUCGUGUACUUGUCGUGUGCUUGUUUAUGUCCUCAUUUCCCAGUGACAGCUUUCCCCCUCUAUUUUAUUUGGGUUUUUUUUUUUUACUUUUCAAUGGAUGCCUGUGCGUUUACUUCUCGGUUACACUGUGGGUAUUUUAUAGCUACAGUCAUGAUUUUUGCAUUUGUAUUUAAUGUCAACUUGUGG